AUGGCACAAGCCCCGACAACCACCAACGACGAACUUGUCGCCAAGGUCACUGAGUACGUCAAGGAGUACAUGUCAAAGUACGACGCAUCCCAUGACUUCAACCACAUCAGACGCGUCGUCUCACUCGCCCACCGCAUCUACGCUCAAUCCCCUGCCACGCCGGCCCUGGAUAAGCACACCAUCACCCUCGCCGCUCUCCUGCAUGACGUUGGCGACCGCAAGUACUUGCAGCCCGGCGAAGACGCCUCGACUCUUGUUUCCACCGUCCUCCAGUCUCUCGGCGUCGAUGCCGAACUCGCCGCCCGCGUGCAAGCCAUCUGUCUCGGCGUCAGCUACUCCAGCGAGAUCAAAGAUCCGACUCGGGUCCGCACGCUGAUCGCUGCGCAUCCGGAGCUGGCGGUCGUGCAGGAUGCGGAUCGUCUGGACGCCAUCGGUGCCGUGGGCGUAGGCCGCUGCUUCACCUUUGGCGGCGCAAAGGGCUCGCGGAGCCUGGACGACUCCAUUCUGCACUUCGAGGAGAAGUUGGUCAAGCUUGAGGGAAUGAUGAAGACGGAUGCGGGGCGGGAGCUGGCGCGGGAACGGACGAGGAGAAUCCAGACGUUCAUGGAGUGGUGGCAGGACGAGGCCGGUCCUGUAAGUGCAUGA